CUGAAGAGUGAGCGUGUUUCCAGAAUGGUUCAGAGCGGAGGCUGCUCGGCCAACGACUUCCGCGAAGUCUUCAAGAAGAACAUUGAACGACGCAUUCGUAGCCUCCCAGAGAUCGACGGCUUGAGCAAAGAGACUGUGCUGAGCUCCUGGAUUGCUAAGUAUGAUGCCAUUUACAGGGGGGAGGAGGACAUGCGGCGUCAGACACAGAGGGCACACCUUAGUGCCGUGUCGGAGCUCAUCCUCAGUAAGGAGCAACUCUACGAAAUGUUUCAGCAGAUACUUGGCAUCCGGAAGUUCGAGCACCAGCUGCUCUAUAAUGCCUGCCAGCUGGACAACGUAGAUGAGCAGGCAGCUCAAAUCCGUAGAGAGCUGGACGGCAGGCUACAACUGGCCGAGAAGAUUGCCAGGGAGAAGAAAUACCCAAAGUUCAUCUCCCCUGACAUGGAGGCUCUGUACAUGGAGGAGCUGCGUUCUUCAGUCAACCUGCUGAUGGCAAAUUUGGAGAGUCUGCCGGUGUCUAAAGGAGGCCCUGACUUCAAACAGAAGCUCAAACGCUCCUCUCAGAACAACUCCUUCCUGGACAUCGGGGACGAGGGAGACAUCCUCUCCAAAUCUGACGUUGUGCUGUCCUUCACUCUGGAGAUUGUAAUCGUGGAGGUUCAGGGUCUGAAGUCUGUUGCUCCGAACCGGAUCGUUUACUGCACCAUGGAGGUGGAGAGAGGAGAGAAGCUGCAGACGGACCAAGCUGAAGCUGCCAGACCACAGUGGGGGACUCAGGGGGAUUUCACCACAACUCACCCACUGCCCUCGGUCAAAGUAAAGCUGUUCACAGAGAGCACUGGUGUGCUGGCUCUAGAUGACAAGGAGCUGGGCCGGGUGGUCCUGAACCCAACCACCAACGGACCAAAGCAGGCCGAGUUCCACCGAAUGGUCGUUGCCAAGAACAGUCAGGACACGGAGUUGAAGAUCAAACUGGCUGUCCGCAUGGACAAACCCCCCAACAUGAAGCACAGUGGGUAUCUGUAUACUCUAGGACAGAGAGUCUGGAAACGCUGGAAAAAAAGAUAUUUUGUUCUUGUUCAGGUGAGUCAGUACACAUUCGCCAUGUGCAGCUACCGAGAGAAGAAGGCUGAACCUCAGGAGCUGAUGCAGCUGGAGGGCUACACAGUGGAUUACUGUGACCCUCAGCCAGGUCUGCAGGGUGGUCGGGUGUUUUUUAAUGCAGUGAAGGAGGGCGACCUGGUGAUGUUUGCCUGUGAAGAUGAGCCGGACCGGCUGCUGUGGGUCCAGGCCAUGUACCGGGCCACCGGACAGUCCUACAAACCAGUCCCACCGCUGCAGAACAAAACCACAAACUGCAGAGGAGGAAUUCAGAAGCCAGCAUCUCCCAUCAGUCUGGAUCCGUCUCAGCGGCAGGGAGUGGAGGGGUUGAUCUCUGCAGCUCCUUGUCGCCUUGACCACACCGCCCUGUUCAGCAUUUUACAGAAACACACUCUGCAGCACCGCAUGAACGACUCCUUCUCAUGCCUGGGUUGGUUCAGUCCUGGUCAGGUGUUCGUCCUGGAUGAGUACUGUGCACGGUACGGCGUCCGAGGCUGCCACCGCCACCUGAGCUACCUGAAGGGUCUGAUGGAUUAUUCAGAGAACAACGCAUUGGUCGACCCCACGCUGCUGCAUUACAGCUACGCCUUCUGCGUCUCCCACGUGCACGGAAACAGGCCGGAUGGGAUGGGGACAGUGACCGCGGAGGAGAAGGAUCAGUUUGAGGCCAUCAGGAGUCGUCUGAUGGCGCUGCUGGAGAACCAGAUCACACAUUUUAGGUACUGCUUUCCCUUUGGGCGACCAGAUGGGGCCCUGAAGGCAACGCUCUCCCUGCAGGAACGGGUUUUGAUGAAGGACAUCACUACGCCUGUCCCUCCAGAGGACAUGAAGAAUCUCGUGCAGAGGUGCCUGGAAAAAGCAGCUCGGAUCAAUUACAGUCAGCUGAUGGAAUAUGCUCAGAUCAAGGAGGAUUCUCAGGCAGCUCCAGAGAAAAGGCUGGAGGACAUGAUGAGACUUGGGGAGCUCUGCAUUGAUGUCCUGCAGCAGAACGAUGAACAUCACUCCGAGGCUUUUUCGUGGUGGCCGGAGCUGAUGGCUGAACACGCAGAAAGCUUUCUGUCUCUGUACAGAGCUGAUAUGGACGGUGCCCUUCAGGUGCAGCCGGUCGACUCCUGGGACAGUUUCCCACUAUUUCAGCUCCUCAACAACUUCCUGAGAACUGACCCUCACCUGUGUAAUGGGACGUUCCACAAACAACUGCAGGACCUGUUCGUCCCCCUGGUGGUGCGCUACAUCGACCUGAUGGAGUCGUCCAUCGCACAGUCCAUCCACCGCGGCUUCGAGCAGGAAACCUGGCAGUCGGUCAAGUCCUUAACAAACAAUUUAGCGAAUGUUCCUCUUCCCAAAGUCCCCAGCCUUCCGCUAACGCUGCCACAGAUGCCCAGUUUCUCAGCACCGGCCUGGAUGGGACCGCUGUGUGAAAACACUAAUGGUUCCGCCACCUCAGAGGAUUUGUUCUGGAAGCUGGAUGCUCUACAGAUGUUCGUCCUGGACCUCCAUUGGCCAGAGUCAGAGUUUGCCAAACAUCUGGAGCAGAGACUCAAACUGAUGGCUAGCGACAUGAUGGAGGCCUGCGUCAAGAGAACAAAAUCAGCGUUUGAUGCCAAAAUGCAAAGAGCGAGUAAGUCCACAGACUUCCGGGUGCCGCUGUCAGUCUGCACCAUGUUCAAUGUGCUGAUGGACGCCAAGAAGCAGUGCUCCAAACUCUGUGUGCUGGAUACUGGACAGGAGAUUGACAAACAAUGGCAACAGUACCACUCCAAAAUCGAUGUCCUGAUUGACGAGUCAUUCAAAGAAAUGAUUUCCUCCCUCAUCUCAAAGUUUGCCGGUGUUUUAGACGGCGUUCUCUCCAAGCUCUCGAGAUACGAUGAAGGGACGUUCUUCUCCUCAUUCCUGUCUUUCACAAAACCUGGGCUGGAUCUGGCCGACACCUACAUCACCUUCGUACGGCAGAACCAGGACAUCCUCCGAGACCGCGUCAAUGACGAGGUCUACGUCGAGGAUAUUUUCGAUCAAUGGUUCACCGGCUCCAUGAAGGCUGUGUGUGUUUGGCUGACUGAUAGACUGGACCUGCAGCUCCACACAUACCAGCUGAAAACCCUCAUCAAGAUUGUGAAGAAGACCUACCGUGACUUCCGGCUGCAGGGGGUCCUGGACGGCACACUGAACAACAAGAGCUACGAGACCAUCUACAACCGACUGACAGUGGAGGAAGCCACGGCGGCGGUCAAGGCGGGCGACGGCCUGCAGGGCAUCAGCAUGCGAGACAGCGACGAGGAGGACGACUAAAUACACACACACACAUACGCUCCCUUCACACACCUUGUUACUACUUGAUUGUCAUCCUCUCCAUUACAGAUCAGGAGCUUCUGUCCCAGUUAAUGACUUCCUCCCCCUUCACUUAACAAUUUUCCUUAAAAACUAAAACCACAGUCAACUAAUAUGGAUUAAUACUGAUUUAACUGAAAUAGAUUGCCGCUACACAAAUUAGCUGUGCAUUUCAUUAACAACAGAACAGGUAAUGCUGAAGUUAGCGUGCUAUGUUGUGGAUGCAUGUUCUCCACUGAGCAACCCUUCAGUCAGCCAUAUUGGAUGAAUGCUAAAACGUAGAGUAAAGACAGCAAAAAAUAUUUAUUUUCUCCACAGAAUUUGACUGCUGUUCAGUCAGAUAUACCACAGCAGCUGAUACUUCAACCACAGUCAACUAAUAUAAAUGAACAAGAUUAAGAAAAAAGCACAGAAAUAGAGAACUGACUGCACAACUAACCUCACUGUUUAUGGCAAGAUAAGUCAAGAUCACUUUAACUAAUAAUACUUGUUGUUGUUGAUUGUAUUGUAAAUCUGAUGAAGAAGCCUGGUUAAUUAAAAACCUUGCUUCAACUUUUUUAAUACAAGGUGAAGCUCUGUGUAUAAUUGCACAUGUGCAGUAGAGGUUGACAAUCGUGACUGAAGACCUGAUCCGUUGAGGAGGAUCGCUCAGGUAGUGACCCCCCCCCCCCCUUUUUCCUCAGCCUGUCACAUGCUCAUCGCCAGAUGCCACUGUGCAUAUGUGUUGAAACGUACAUGAGUGUUAAUGUACGACCGAAAGUAAGAUGAGGCAUCUGAAAGACACUUGAAGGUUGAGACAAGCCUCGUGCUCCCGCUCUCAGCUAUAGGACAGGAAGCCUCGCCUUCCUUCAUGUGCAGCCAUACUCUGAUUGAUGUCACUUUUUACAGUAGAGCGCAGCGAACGCCUUUUUGGUUUUCCUUCAGUUAUUGUAGCUUAUUGUUCAAGACUUUUUAAGGCCAUGGCAGCUUUUAAACGCUAGAGUCCCAGCAAACUUGCCCUUUUCUGUCAUAUUCCUGACACCAACAGCCGCAAAAUCCACUAAAUAGCUUUAUUUUUAUUUGAGAGAAAGCUUGGAAUGGUAAGGUUCUAUUUAACUGUUUUAUCAAAACUUUGGUUUUCCACUUUCAUUUCCCUGAGUUGUAAAACACCAGCAUUGUUUGGUCAUUCAAGCAGGACAACCUUACAGUUUCUUAACAACAAACCCAUUUUACUUUUACAACAAAUAGUGACUGUUGUUUCUGAUAAGCUAAAGCAGAAGUAGCGUGACAUUAUAACAGCACCUCAAUACUUGAGUUAGUUGUGGAUGCAAGGUCAACAAAGCUGUUAUCAUCCUUGACUGUUUGAAACAAAUGUUGACCGGCAGUUCAAUCUUAGUUCUGUCUAUCCAUGAUCACGUCCUUCUCUAACCUUAUACAGGACUUCCUCUUUAAUUGACUAAAUUCAAUUUAACCUAAAGGAAAGCGGUAGCAGAUCAUAAAACACUUGUGUGUUGUUUUUCGAAUGGAUGAUGAGCAUACUGAUGAUUUAGUUCUUCUGUGAACUGUACCUUGUCAUAUUGUCUUAGGGUGCUGCUAGAGGUAAGGCCAUUGGAAGAAAGUUCAAUUCAUUUUAAACAUGGCCAGUAAAAUGUAAUGGAAAUUGUCCCCUUAGAUUGGAUUACAUAUGAUGUGUAAAGGUGAGAUGGUCUACCCAGUGGUGGUGAAGGUCAGGAGGUCAUUAGGAUUCUUCCUCUGUAGAUUUGUUUGUUUGUGCUUUUUAAGUCUCAGUCAAAACCAAUAGCACAGUUCUUUGCCCCACAGUCGUUCAUCUGCACUCUUUCCCUUUACUUUCAUGUUGGAGUAAUCGACUGCACAGAAACUAUUUCCCAGUGUUGCAAAAAGCAUGGUCAAGGGGAUCACAGCUGGAGACUGGCAAUGAGAAAAGAGUUAAUCGCCUUUUUCUAGCGGGCUUAUCUGCAUUAAUAAACGUGUAUCCCUGUUUGUUUGAUGUAGAGGAAGUUUGAGUUCACUUCUGAGAUCGGAGAAAACAGUGACAUCUCCAAAAAGAGGGUUAGGAUCGAAAUUGCGCAGGAAAUCCGAAUUGAAACGAUUGUUGAAAUUGGCUCUACUACAGUACUUAGGAUGUUUCAAAGGACAGUUUGAAUUGGAGUCAUGAUUUCACUAGCGUUUUUUUGCCUGGAAGUUUGUUUCUAUUAUCUCCCGUCUGAUUGUCUGACUCCUCGUGUUUCUCUACCAGUUGGAUUUUGCUGUUACAGUACCUGAUGCCAAACCUUGAAAAACAUGACCCACAAUGUACUUAAAAAUGAUCAUUUAACCACACCUUAACAAUUGUGUAUUAAACACAAUCUCAACGUUACCUUAACCAUAUUGUAGUUGCCAGGUGUUGUGAUGUUAUCAUAAUGGGAAAUAAUUCUUAUUUAACUUUCAAAAACUUUGAAAUUGACCGAAUCAAGGAUUUUGCACAAUUGUUAUGUUUGAUAUGAAAAUUGUGUCUGGGAGUAGGGGUUAGCCUUCAGGUCAAACAGCUGUACUUAUCUGAAUGUUUUUGAUAAUCAGUGUCUAGAUCUGUAGACAAAUUCGUACAGGUCCAAGCUAAUGAAAUGUUGCUGUACUGCUGUAGUUUCUCAGCCUGAACUUUAUGUAGCUCACAAUGUUCCCACUGAUAAAUAAGGACUGGUGGUCUCAGGUAGUAAAAGAUGCAAAAAAUGUCUAAAGGUCUUUAAAAGAGAAACAGAAUCCACGCAGGUGUUAACACAAACACAUGGGGUCAGUCUCACAAGAAGCUCUUUUAAGGUGUUGGAACUGUGUGUAAAAGUGGGUUAUCAUUUUUUCAGGAACACAAUUGUCGCUGUAGCUGCAGUUCUGCUGUCAUCUCUGUUCAUUGUGAUAUUUACUGUCGUGAAGAGUUAUAUUGAGCUGUAGAGUGGUAUGGUCGUACUGCCUGUACUUCUUAUCCAAUGUCGAUCAAAGUCUUAGAAACAUGCUUAUGAACUGAAAAGGUCUGGACAUUUUGGAACAGGAUCAUCGUGAGAGAACAUGGAUCUGUUUCUCUGAUCAGCUGUGAGUGGACAGUGUCUCAUCACUGCGGCCUGUUCGUUGGCUACCGUCUGUUUGCGUGUGGUGUCAGUGUAGGCCUCAGAUCGACUGAGUGCAGCAACCUGCCGUUUGUUUUAGCCGUCCGAUCCAGUUUGUAUCCGUGCAGUUCAAAAGGCCAAAAACUUAAAGGACAAAAAUCUAUUGAAGAAGUAUAUUUAUAUUGUCUUAUUGUGCACCUGUUUUGUUCAGGUGUCUUAUCUAUGUGUCACUAUUAAAAAUGUUUUUAAAGCAA